CGCUUGAGGAGGCAUAAGGAAAAGUGCAAUGGGAAUAAAUCUGCUCCUGUCCUUAAAGAUCCGUUCCAACAUGCCUAAUGAAAUAAUGGCAAAAAGAUGAUGCCUUGGAUUUAGCUGGCCCACAUGAGUGAUAUGAAUAACACACUGGACGGAAUACACACUUCUGGACGCCUCGGAGAGAAAGCAGAGAUUUUUCAGAGUGGCAAGGGUAAUGUGAGUGGCUUUCCCAGCCCAGCCCUCAUCCCUUUGCGAGCUCCUUUACUAACAUCAAAUGCCCAGAAGACCAGGACUACGCUCUGCAAGGGGAACAGGAGCAAUAAAGAGGGAGAGGAGUCCUUCUCUUCUCCCGUUCCAAACCCUUUUCCCGAGCUUAUCCCUUCAACCCUCUCCCCCUUUGUCUCUGAAUGUUUAUUACCAUGGACCAAAAGUAGUGCUACUCAGGUAAUCAAAGUUUAUAAUGAAGAUAACACCAGCAGAGCAGUAGAAGUUCCCAGUGACAUCACUGCCCGGGACAUAUGCCAGCUGUUUGUCUUGAAGAACCACUGCAUUGAUGACCACAGCUGGACUCUUUUUGAACACCUCUCCCAUCUGGGAAUAGAGAGAACCAUUGAAGACCAUGAGUCCGUUAUGGAGGUGCUAUCAGGCUGGGGGAUGGACACAGACAGCCGGCUGUAUUUUAGAAAGAAUUAUGCAAAAUAUGAAUUCUUCAGGAACCCCCUGGACUUUUUCCCAAAUCACAUGGUCUCCAUAUCCAGUGAAACCAAUGGGAUGGUGGAUCACUCUCAGCUUAUUGAGACCUUUCUCAACUCCAGCACUUGUCCAGAGAUACAUGGACACCUCCAUGCCAAAGAGCAAAGCAGGAAGUCUUGGAAGAAGUUUUACUUUGUCCUGCGGAGGUCAGGGCUUUAUUUUUCCAAUAAGGGAACUUCCAAGGAACCGAGGCAUCUCCAGUUCAUUGCCGACUUUAGUGACAGUGAUGUCUACGCCGUCUUGUCAGCCAAAAAACUACAUGGAGCACCUACAGAUUAUGGCUUCUGUGUUAAGUCCACAAAGUGUAGUUCAGCCCGGGACUUGAAGCUGCUUUGUGCGGAUGAUGAGCUGACCAGGACCUGCUGGAUCACAGCCAUCCGCUUGUUAAAGUAUGGGAUGCAGCUGUACCAAAACUUCAUUCAGCCACACCAGAAACAAAAAGCCUCACCAAUGAGAAGCAUCUCAGAGAACUCACUGGUGGCCAUGGACUUUUCUGGUCAAAAGAGCCGGGUGAUUGAGAACCCAUCUGAGGCGUUGUCUGUGGCUGUAGAGGAAGGCCUGUCAUGGAGGAGGAAAAGCUGUCACCGUCUGAGUGGUCAUGGGAGCCCCUCCACUUCACAGAGUUCAAUGUCAAACAUAGCUAUCCACUUGGCUCAGCCAUGGUUCCACAGCAAACUGUCUCGAGAUGAGGCUCAGCGUCUGAUCACUCAGCAGGGUCUUGUUGAUGGAGUAUUUCUUCUGAGGGACAGCCAAAGCAACCCUAAAACAUUCGUACUGUCACUGUGCCACAUGCAGAAAGUCAAACACUUUCAGAUAUUACCUGUGGAAAAUGAAGGGGAUGUAUUCUACAGUCUGGAUGAUGGUCACACACAAUUCACUGACUUGAUCCAGUUGGUGGAGUUUUACCAGCUAAACCGUGGGGUGCUGCCCUGCAAGCUCAAGCACCACUGUGCCCGGAUCACCCUGUGAACAAGGGAGCCAAGAGACCCCUGAGGGCCCAUGUGCACCUUAACUCCAGGGCCCUUGUGGACAAACACUCCCAGUAUUCUCGUGCCUUGAAGGAGAAAGAUAUACACAAUAACUAAACAGCCAUGCUAACUGAAACCACUGUUAUCUCCAUCUAGAGUCCACAUUCAUACACAUGGUGCAUCCUUUUUUUAAUUUCUCAGAAAAAGCUGAAUUUGACAAUGGACUGUAUGAUAACAGACUAUGGGCACUGAAGAUGUUGCAGUUUUGUCUGUGAACAUGAUUCUUCGGCCCUGUAGUGUUCCCUUAUGUGGCGGUAAAUCCAUUGUGCAAAGUUCAAAUAUGACUUCUUGUCCUGUAUAUUGUAAAGCUGAAUGUGUACUGCAAACAACUUGUGAUUCUAACAACUUCAUGAUGCCAAUGAAAAAAAAGUAGUUUUUACUUGGUAAGUCACAAACAGUAGCUGGACGUUUUCACACAGAACAUUUCAAUAGAAUGUCUACAACAGUAUGUAUACAGUAAUUAUAUAUACCUGUCAGUUAGGGUCUGUCAAAGCCAAUGAUGGUUGAAUCCCAACAAGGGCAUAAUGGUUUAUUUGCAACCACAUCAUGCUGGGGAUUGUAGUACACAACACCUCUGUUCUGUUAAAUUUGAGUAAAACUAAGCUAUUGUACUUUUCAUUGUCAUUGCAUCUCUCUAAGUAUUCAGGUAUUAUUUUUUUUUUAAGAAAAAUGAUUGUUGUUUUCUACUUGAGAGAUAAAAUAACCUCUCAGGAAGUAUCACUGUGCAUGCGCUGUAUGCUGGACUGAGACUGCUGUAGAGAGAAAAAGAGAGGUAAUGUACAGGUGGAGAGGCGACCCCACAGCCUCACUCUCCUGCACUGUCUAUUAAUUUUAAAUGUAUGUGAUAAAAUGAAAUGUUUGCAUUACAUGAAAUUAGUUGUGAACUUGCUCUAGUAAAAGGGCAGUGAAAUAUUUCACCAAUUUUAGAUAUAAGCCAUUAAGAUGGAAAUCAGAACUACUGUAUGGCUGAUUUUGAUCAUGUCUGAAUUCAUUGUAUAUUGAAAUUUAGCUUUUGUAUUUUCCAAAGAUUCAGGUGCACAGUUUGCAAAACCUGGAUUGAUCUUACUAACACUACUCUGGGUAAACAGUGGCAGAUACUGUUUUGUUUAUGAAAAGCCAGUAAUGCAUCAGCUUUUCAAAACAAAGUGUUCUAAAUCAGUGACAUGAUUGAAAUGACCAUCUUGUGUUUGUUGUUUCAUUCAUUUUUCAGCUGGACAAGAGUGCACUGAUCAAUGAAUAUCGUGGAAUACACACACACAAAGUCUGUUUGUAUUUUAUGGUUUGGUAUGAUUGAUUGUCACAUUUAGUAUUUUCUUCCUCCCAAAGACUUGCAAAAUUGUAGAAUAUUUAUUAGAAAAUCAUUGUCACAUUUAACUCACAUUACAAUAGCUUUCAGUCACGUUUAAAAACUGCCAGCAAUGUGUUAUUCAUGUUUGCUGUAGUUCAGUGAACAGUAAGGUACAGCUUAAGGUAAUAGAUCACCAGGCUAAUAAACUCUGCCUUUUUAAAAAAAAAUAUAUAAAACAGUAUAUACUGUUGUCUUUGUGUAAGUGUGUUUCUCAGUAAAUAUGGCAUACAUGGUUAUCAUAUAAAUGCAAUGACAAACGUGAAAUAUAACAGCAAAAUGAAAUGUCUACCUGAGCCAUCUCAUCAGCACACAGUGGAGGUGCUUCGCUUCUUAGAAAGAUUCUUAUAGUGAAUACAUAAGUCUUGAUUUUCUAAUGGGAUCCAAGACAUAGAUAAAUUCAGUCACACUAUAUAGCCUGUGUAUGGGACACCUUAGCAUAACAACAGGUAUGAUUUACUCAAGUCUGUGUGCAGGAUUCUGUAUACAUACUGUAUGCUUUAUGUGUCCUCCAUGACACCAUCACAUAAAUAUUUUUUACAACCACUAGAUGGUACUAGAAGCAUUUUGCUUUUGCUUGUUCAGGGUUAUGCUUGAAAUCAUAUUGUGUCCAGGGCAAUUUAAAUUACAUAAUACAUAUAAAAUGCAUCAAGGAGGAAAGUAGAGUUAAUGUUAACUUAAAAAGUUAAGA